AUGGUCAAAGACAUGGCCACGUCACUGCUGGGUGCAGAUGCCGGCCCACGGCCGCAGCUAGUCCGGCGUGUGGGCUUCGCAGUAGCUUUGCUCUUGAGUGGCAUGUUGGUUGGGACGGCGCUGGAAAAGGCCAGGGCCGAUGGAAGGCCUACCACAAUUCUUGCCAGCCAGGAGCCACUUCCUGCAGGAAUCCUGGAAGGUUUGGAGGGCUAUACGAAGUUGUUCACCACCAUGGAUGCCUCACUGCUCCCAAGUGUCUUUCACAAGACGGUGUCCAUGUCUGCCUUGGCCGAUGAGAAGGACUUGGGCAGCUUUCAGGUCAUGGACUACAAAGGCCUCAAGUCCAUGUUGGACAUGUUCUACGAUGUCUUCCAAGGAAAGAAGCCAUGGAGCAGCCUUCCUGCUGAGUUUCAAAGCAUGAAGGGUGCCGUUAUGAUUGGUGCCACAAGCCCUGUGAGGCACUAUAGCUUGGGUCCCAAUGAGUAUGUCACUGAGAUUUACGACAGGUUUGUGAGGAGCGGUGAGGUGGUGGUAUCCUUCCACACAAACCUGCAUUGGAUCAACACGGUUGAUGGUUGGCGCAUCAAGGACAAGAUUUAUGCAACGCUCCCGUAG